ACGUAGAGUGACGUAAGUGACGUAAUUACUGUAAACACGGAAAUCGGGUCAAAGGCGAGAGAUUGAGUUGAAGUUUUACAGUGCUUUGACGGUUACAGAAAUACUUCUUGUAUUCAUGUUUUAGUGGCGUAAGAUAGUAUGCGUGUACUCUCGAAAUAUUUGUCACCACCUUUUCAUGGGAGGAUUCGAGGAGAUUUAGUAUUCCAGUCAACGUGUGCCUAAAAGGAUGAGUGCAAAAAAACUGCGUGUUGCUGUAAUUGGUGCAGGGGCUUCAGGCCUCUGUGCUGCCAGACAUCUCCUACUACGCCAGGACAUCUUCUUUCCUCCAGUUGUUUAUGAAAGGACGAACCAUGUUGCAGGAAUUUGGGUGUAUGAUGAGCGGUUUGGCCAAGAUGAAAAUGGUCUUCCUGUUCACAGCAGUAUUUACCGUGACCUCAGAACAAACCUUCCAAAGGAAAUAAUGGCUUUCCCAGAUUAUCCAUUUGAUCCAUUGCUACCUUCCUUCAUGCACCACACCGUGGUCAGGCAGUAUCUGGAAGAAUAUUGUAACAGUUCUGGCAUCACUGAACACAUAAGGUUUAAUACCCUGGUAGAAGAUGUGAGGCCCAUCAUUACAGAAGCAUCCAGUAGUGGAACAACAUGGCAGGUCUCCUCCAUCAAAGGAAAACAGACUUUUACAGACUGCUUUGAAGCUGUGUUUGUUUGUAAUGGACAUUACUCUGUCCCUCAUAUUCCUGAGAUUCCUGGUUUGGAGAACUUUACAGGACGUAUAAUGCACAGCCAUGAUUAUCGAACACCAGAACCAUUCACUGGACAAAGUGUGGUGUUGUUGGGUGUGGGACCUUCAGGACUGGACAUUGCACUGGAUUUGUCUACUGUCACAGCCCAUGUAACAAUAAGCCACAACAACAGUCCUUUAUCUUGCCCACUACCCAAAGGAGUGUAUCAAGUCCCUGGAGUGAGAUCAGUGAAUAAACAGGGGGAACUUGUGUUUAAGGAUGGUACACGAACCAAACCUGACAUCUUCAUGUUUUGCACAGGCUAUAAAUACACAUUUCCCUUCUUGUCACAAGAAGUUGCUGUGGAUGUGCAUGAGAAUUACAUUACCCCUUUAUACAAGCAUCUGGUGCACACUGCCUUCCCGUCUCUUUUCUUCGUUGGCCUUUGUCAGAUGAUCUGUCCAUUCCCAUUUUUUCACUGUCAGGUGUUGUUUGCCUUGGCCGUGCUGAAUGGUUCAUGCAAAUUGCCUACUCGUGAUCAAAUGGACCAAGAAACAGCUCAGGAAACUUUGUCUCGCCUUCAAAGUGGAAUAUUACAGCGCCACCUUAUGAGAGUGCGUUAUGAACAGUGGCAUUACACUGACAAACUGGCACAGAUGGGUGGGUUUCCCCCACUGCCAGGUUUUACAAAACGUCUAUUUGAGGAGGUUAACAGGUGCAGAAGAGCUGACCCCAAUAUAUAUAAGACACAAAACUAUGAAAUUGUGAAUGAGCAUGAGUGGAAGCACAAAAAAAAAACCUAGUGACAUAGUUUUCAUAUCUGAGUCAGCAGAAGGUAGCUAGUAUAGAUAACUGCAAUUAGAACAUGUUGUGGACAUUGGAUUCUUGAUCAUCUUAGCCUAGAAUGGCUAUUUCUAUGAAUUUGAGCUGACCGGUCAGGCAGAUAUACUGAACAUUGUUAACCAUUUCAGAGAAAAGUAGAAAUUUAGUGUCUGAAUUUCUAUAGCGCACAUCAGCUAAAAGUUAUGUUUGUGAGAAGAUGUGUAAUACUGGUUCCUAGGACUGAUCCUUGGUGCUCAGUGACGGAUUAAUUGGCUUUUUUUUUCUUAAUUAAGGCCAUGUUACAUUAUAGACUUCAUUUGCAUGAUCUUAGAGAGUAAGGGACUGGCAGUGCUCCUGUGAAUAUUAAACCUGUGUAGUAAGACAUACCCAGUGAUUUAGUCCAAAUAGUCUGCGAUUAUCCCUGAUAAAAUUAAACAGAUUUGAUUUUGUCUUGAGUCAUAGGGAAGCAGUGUGCACUUGCCCGAAAGUACAAUGCAUAUAAUACACUGAUAAGAAAUAAGGAACAUUGGCAUUUAGAUAGGACCAGACAUACAUGAGACAAGCUCGUCUGUCUAAUGAUGCAUAUUUUAUGUGCAUGGCAAAAUGAUAAAAAAAUAAGAAAAAAAGGCUUGGAUCGUGGACGAACUUGCUGUACCCAAACCCUUUGCAUGGGCACUGCCAGUCAGGUAGCAUGUGUUUGGCUGUCAGAAAAAGGAACCAGCUCCCAGUACAUUGGUAAUGUGAAAAUAUGCUGGACAGCGAUCACAAAAUUUCAUAAUUUGACAUACUCUAUAAUUACAUUGGUAAUGUGAAAAUAUGAUGGACAGCCAUCACAAAAUUUCAUAAUUUGACAUACUCUAUAAUGUGUAAUUUGGCAUGUUUGGUUUGACAAGAUUACCAGCUUUCAUCUUCAAGCCUGACAUCCCUUCUGACUAGAAGUUGUGCAAUGGCUGAGCAUGACAUGACAUUGGCUUUAGAAAGUGUUUCUUACCUGGCCUUCCAAAUCGGCAUGCACUUGCUACUCUUGAUAGCUUGUAUGCCUUUUUUUUCUUUUAAAUCUUCGCCACACAGACGAAUUCACAUAAUUUAGAUUAUAGUUGAACUGUACAUUGAUUUCUGAGAAAUCAAAAUACACAGAAAAAUCAUAGUGAUUGCUGCCUUUUUUUUAAAUCCACUGAAUUUUUGCUCAUUUUUAAAAAUACAUGCCAUGACAAAUUUUGAUGUGUUUAGAUUUUUUUUAUUUGAUCUAUCUGUACAUUAAUCUAUCUGUUAAAUAGUAGUAGUAAUAAUAAUAAUGUGUUUCAGUUUUUUUUCUUUUCAUUCUUUUAUUGAGAUUUGAAUGUGAAUGGAAGUACAUUUUUGACAACCAUAAAUUAGGGCUACCAAAGAUUUGCAAAUAAAAUCAGAUCAGUUUGUCAUGUUUUUUUU